AUGAGGGACGACAGCCCUCACCGCAAGCCCUCGGAGGACGAGGAGACGACCGCGGCGAAGCGCUCGGCGGCGCCCGUUGUCGUCACCCGGCCCGACAAUGGACAGCCGCCGGUAGCGGACGACGCCGCCGCCGCGCCCAUGGGCACCAGAAGGGCGCUCUGGGCCUGGCUCAUCCUGUGCUUCUCGACGGGACCGACGAGCGGCAUGGUCAACAGCUAUGUGACGGCCAGCAUCCAGUCCGCCGCAAACGCCGUCGGGCGCAUCCCCGGAACGGACAGGCCGUGUGCUCGACGGGGCGCCAUCAAGUGCGUCGUCAAGCUCGGCGGCCGUGAUGUCGACUACCUUAGCUACUUACUCUACCUGAGAGCCAUCAGCCGAGCCUCCGAGGGCGUCGUGUCGAUUCUCGCCGCCGGCGCCGCCGACUACUCCGACUAUCGCAAGAUCAUGAUGAUGGGCUCCAUCUACCUCUUCGGCGCGCUCGCGCUCCCCUUCGCCGGCCUGACCGACAGGUCGUACAGCCACCUCAACGCGCUGUCGACGCUGUACGUCAUCAUCUCGACCGUCAGCGGCGUCUACACCAUCAUCGAGGCGUCCUACAUACCCAUCUUCAUGCGCUCCGCCGGCUGGGUCCGACCCCGGGCCAGGCUUCAGGAUGAGCUGCCCCCUGCCGAGUCCAGCCCCACCGGCGCCUGGAUCAAGGGAAGCCGCGUCAGUGUCCUUGGUCUGCUGUCCAGCAACGUCGGAGCCCUGUUGGCGCUGCUCAUCGGCGUAAUCAUCACGUACAGCCGAGGAAGCUAUGUAAAGGAAGGGUACCACAAUUUUCUCCUGGCAGUCACCAUUGCGGGCUGUAUCACGAUCGUUUUCGCCAUUGCUGGUCAGAUCUUGCUGCCCAACGUCCCCGGCGCGAAACGACCUGCCGGCAAGAGCAUCUUUCUCCUACCGCUGCGCACAUGGCUCAAGCUGCUGGGCUCCAUCCGCCGGUACCCGAACGCCUUCAAGCUGUGCAUAGGAUGGGUCCUCUGGAACACAGGAUACAGCAACUUCCUCUCCCUGCUCGGCGCGCUGUUCCUCGAGACGACGGGCAUCCAGCGAGGGAGCAGCGUCUACACCGUCUACACCUUCAUGAUGGUCCUUUUUGCCUGCAUGGGCUCUCUGGCCUGGCUCUUUGCCUUUCGUUACACUCGGCUGCACAUCAAGAACUGGGCCUACAUCUUCUUGAGCGUGAAUAUCCUCUGCGUCUUUUGGGGUUGCCUGGGGAUCAACGCCAACAUCCCCAUCGGAUACAAACACCAGGCCGAGUUCUGGGUCGCCGACUUUCUCUUUAUGAGCACGAGCAGCGCACUGCGGUCUCUCAACCGCGUUCUCUACGCCUCUCUCAUUCCCAAGGGAUCCGAGGCGGCCUUUUUCGGUCUCGAGAUCACCCUCGACCUUGCGACGGGCUGGAUCAACCCUCUUGUUCAGGGAGUGAUCCAGAACAGGACGCAUAACCUGCGUUUCCCAAUGAUUCCCAAUCUGCUGCUCAUGGUCAUCGCCCUGGGCCUUUACGUCUGGACAGACGUGAGCAAAGGAAUUCAAGACGCUGAGGCGCCUCUGGCGAUCGCGUCAACUCCAAGGGAAAACGACGGAGCUUAA